AUCAGAAUGGACCUGCAUUGCAGCCUGAGCUAGAGCAGCAAGAAAACGCAGUCCAGUAAGGCACUGAACUUGAAAAUAUUGAAAUAACGGGGGAAGCCUUGGUUUUUACUCAAAGAAGCACUUCAUGAACAAGUAUGGUUUCAUUGCCGUCUUGUGUUCAGUAGUCAAUUACCAUUUGGAAUAGUUUGUCCUGGUUGAACACAUUAGUUUAAAGUUUUCCCGGAAUCAAAGCUGAAGCUUAUUCGCAGUCAGCUGCAAGUUGCUCGUGGUUAUAUUGAGAAAUCAAGCAAUUUAAGGAAGAUACUAACUUUACCCCCUGGCCCUGGCCAUCUCACCGCUAUAUCUACCGCAACAGUGGAGGCCGUGGCCGUGUGUGAACAGAACAUUCCUUUAGCUCAGCCAACUGACACUCCGCUUCUGCAACCUAUGAUUUCAUUUGCGCCUUUGAAAACAACUGAAGAAGAUAUCAAGAAAGCAGCUGCUGCUGCCGUUGCUGCUAAGCUUGCUGCUUCAACAUCUUCUUCUCAGAUGCUUACCUCGGUACUUUCGUCCCUUGUUGCUGAAGAAGCCGCUUCUCUUAAUGGUAGCUUAAAGUAUAGUGGGUCCGCAUUGGGAUUAUCAGUGUUUCCUCCUGAAAAGUGCCUUAAACUUGAGAAACUGAUCCCUGCGUCUGAUGCAAGCAAUUUGGACAUGGGAAUUGUGGCUUAUUUUGGCACGCCACAGAAGCAACCAAUCAAUAGUGUGGCACUUGCACCAUCGAAUGGUAUGAAACCAAUGUCCCAAGGCAACCAGAUUCAAACUCUCAUGCCUUCUGCUCCUCCUACUUCCCCUCCACCUCAAUCUCCUGCAAUUCCAGCAGCAAGUCAAUGCAUGCAGUUGAGUGGUAUGAUGGUAGGGUUAAUGACUUAUGGUUACGGAGCAAACACGCUGCCACCUCCACCUCCUUUACCCCCACAUAUGAGGCCUUGCUUAUCAGCGGGCACAGCCUCAGUCUCAGGCUCAGCAGCAACCAACCACUGGAUCAUCAUCACUUAACCCAUUAGCUGUGCUGACUAACAUGGUUUAGCCAGAUGUUCUAAAAUGUUGCAUGGGUGCAUCAACUCCCAUUUUAGUACACACUAGGACAGGACCUGUAUGUUUAUGUACCAAAGGCCAUGGUCUCACACAUUUAAGUGGG